AUGAAAUUUAUGUACUUUGUUUAUCAAGAUUCUGAGGUUGACGUUAAUGAUGAGAAGGUCAGAGAAAGUACUCCAGCAGUGCAAGGCAACAGUAUCAUAAACACAUUUAGACCAACACUAGCACAGACAGGGUCUAAAGAUGGAGUUUUAGGCUGUGUGACUUCGUCUGCAAAGAUUGCUGUACAAGGAACUGAAGGAAGAUCAGUUUUGAUUUCAUGGUCAUAUGAUGCAAGUUAUAAGGACAAUGCUAAGUUCUUCUGCAGAGGAAAUUAUUUGCCAGUGACACUAAAGAAAUUAAUCGAAAGUAAUGCAAACAAAAAUGAUCAAAAUGUCACCAAUGACAAAUACUCACUUUAUGACAACAAAUCAGCUGCUCUUCUGAUUGUAACUAUAAAUAACCUGACACAAGAUGACAACGGGAUCUACCACUGUGGAAUUGACAAAUUUUCAUUUGAUACAUAUGUGUUAGUUCAAGUAUCUGUCACUGAAG